GGCUUCCACUGGACUUCCGCGAUGAGCGAAAUCAGAGCGAUGACCACGAUAUUGCGCAGAAUGUAUAGCAGGAAAACGGCCAGGCCACUCGCCGGUAUUCGUAAGAAAGAGAAAAUAAUGAAAUCGAUUGACAAGGAUAAUACAGUUGACACUUUCGAUGCCGAGGACGUGAGUGAAUUCGAAGCGGACUUUCUGAAUGUUGGCACGAGCCACAAGAUGCAUGAAAGGGAAAUGCAGAUCAAUAAAGAGCGUCUCAAACAACAGAUUGUCGCCCGAAAGUAUUUCAAGGAAGACAAAGAACCACGUUUUCUCACAUUUGCCGAAAGGGAGUUGAUUCAUAAAUUGCACACAGUCAAUCCCGAAGAGUGGACAGUGGAGAAGCUCAGCGAGAGUUUUCCCGCCUUACCCGGGACAAUACAGAAGAUCUUGCGCUCCAAAUGGUCGCCAAGGUCAGUGGAGCGAGUUAUGGAGUACGACAGUGUGGUGAAGAAAAAUUGGGAGACAUUCCGAGCGGGGAAACUUCCGUUAAGUCCCAUACUCAGUGAACACCUGACGAAAUUCAAGGACAGGAAAGUUAUUUUGACAGACAGAGAAUUGUUAGCGGAGCGAUUUGUCCCUAAGCUGGAAUUUAAGAAGCCAAAGAGUCAGCUGUUCUCCAGUAUUGUACAGACGUACCUAGAUGAGAAGCAGAACGAUCCAAAAUUAUUGUCGCAAGAAAACAAUACAAGCAAAGCGAUAGACGAAUCCGGUCACUCUGAAAACCGGAAUUUACUGACCGCAAGUGCCGCGACCGACGGUCUCGCCGCUGCCAAAAAUACGAAUAAAUUCCCAUUAAAUGAGGAACAAUCUCUCGCGUUACAAUCGCAUGCAGAUUCACGGAAAUUCGAUAAAUUCACGUUAAAUAAGGAGCAAUCUCUCGCGCUACAAUCGCAUGCAGAUUCACGGAAACUCGGUAAAUUCACGUUAAAUAAGGAGCAAUCUCUCGCGUUACAAUCGCAUGCAGAUUCACGGAAACUCGAUAAAUUCACGUUAAAUAAGGAGCAAUCUCUCGCGCUACAAUCGCGUACAGAUUCGCAGAAGCUCGAUGUGCCAUUUAAUAGGAGAGAGAAGCCGCUUACGUUCGAUCAAUUUGUAAAGGAGAAAAUGAAGGAUAUAAACAAGGAGUCUCCGGAGGAAGGCACCGCUCUACUGAAUGUGUACAGGACGCAAGUGGACGCCAGUCAAGAGAUACAAACCGCGGGAGACGCCGCGGGGUCUGGCGACGCGGUAAUUUACGAGGAGAAGGACAGUCGGUCAAAAAUUGCACGAAAAUCUGAGAGAGAUGUUACUGUAUCUAACAGGCAUAAGGACAGAAACUUCAAUAUUGUCGAGGCGGAUGAGGAUUUGCUGAGUACAGGCAUCAAAGUGCGGAAUAAAAAGACGGAUACGGACUUGAACUAUGCUAAGCCGAUAAAGAUCGCGAAGCAUCUCUACAAACGUGGCAUGACGUAUCGUAUCAGCGACUGUUAUUACGACGACGACGGCGAGUUUUUAUAUCGGGUUCCAGGUGUACAUAGUUGACUGUCUCCUUAUGGAGUUAUUAAU